AUGGACGGAUCCAUCUUCGAAAUGCUGGACAAUUUUGAGAGCCACGCUCGUCCGCAUGACAACGAACACCUCACGCAGAACUCACGGAACUCAAAUACGCAUGGAGGCUAUGAACGCUUCCAGUCCGCCUUGAACCACCACCAGUAUCGCCUGUACCAACAUGAGCUGUCACACCGCGAACGCGAUAGCAACACUGGGCGACGUCAUGCAUACGACUAUGACAGUUUUGACGAUGAUGUCACAUUUGAUGAGUUCGACCAGAGGCUGUUGAAACAGCAUGAUGACGACCGAACCAGGCAGGCGCAGGAGGGUCGCGCUCGGCUCUCGCUCCUGCCGGCAGCCAGCGGCCAGCAAUACGCGAGAACCGCCGAAUCUCAUCGUGGAAACUAUAAUGGCACAGAAAUCGGUCAACCUGGAUUGCACUAUGCACACCAGGCGCAAGACACUCAACAACCUCGCUCGCAACGCACCCCAUUCAUGUUCCAGAGCAGCUCUUCCCCACGGGCGCUGCCUUCCAGUCCAAGCGUUAGGGCCAAUAAUAUGGUUGAAGCUGGGCCUUCGAAAGCUUUCAAGCCGGAUUUCAUCCGGGAGCAGUCUCUACGGCAGCCUGAGCAAGGUGGCAUGCCCUUGGUCCAGGGUAUUGAGCUUGUCUCCACUCACCAGCUACCUGACCGGUUCCGUACCGUCUUCCCAUUCCCGGCCUUCAACGCGGUGCAAUCCAGAUGCUUUAAUAGUGUUUACUGUACGAACGACAACUUCGUCGUGAGCGCACCAACUGGAAGUGGCAAGACGGUGAUCUUCGAGCUGGCCAUCUUACGUCUGGUCAAUAGCCACACCAGCAGCUCUUUCAAAGCCGUAUACCAAGCACCCACGAAGGCACUUUGCUGCGAGCGGCAGAGAGAUUGGGAGAAGAAGUUCCAGCCUUUGGGUCUGAAGGUCAAAGAACUCACAGGUGACACGACGAACGAACAGCUGCAUGACGUCCAGACAGCAGACCUCAUAAUCACCACACCGGAAAAGUGGGAUAGCAUGACGCGCCGCUGGAAGGAUCAUGAACGUCUGGUGCAGAUGGUCAAGCUUUUCCUUAUCGAUGAAGUCCAUAUCCUGAAGGAAGAUCGCGGCGCCACCCUCGAAGCCGUCGUUUCACGCAUGAAGUCCGUCGGUACGGACGUUCGCUUCGUCGCUCUGUCUGCUACAGUGCCAAAUUUCGAAGACAUUGCAAUCUGGCUGGGGAAGUGCCCCACGAACCAGGACAUACCUGCGCGAAAGGAAAGGUUUGGUGAAGAUUUCAGGCCAGUUAAGCUGCAGAAGCAUGUCAUCGGCUUCGGCGGAAAUACUAUAAGCGACUUCGCUUUUGACAAAAUCCUUAGCGAUAAGCUGCCGGGAAUUAUCACCAAGUACUCUCAAAAGAAACCGAUCAUGGUGUUCUGCUUCACACGGAAAUCCUGUGAAGAAACCGCACGUUCUCUUGCAAAAUGGUGGCACGAAAAUUGCGCGAUUAACGGAGUGGCAUAUCAUCAUGCAGGCCUCUCAUUGCAUGACAAGCAGGCCGUCGAAAAGGCCUACCUUGCUGGGGAGCUCAGUGUAAUCUGCUGCACAUCGACCUUGGCCGUCGGAGUCAACCUUCCUUGCCACUUAGUUAUUAUCAAGAACACCAUCACAUACGUGCACCCAAAUACUCGGGAGUGCUCAGAUCUCGAGAUCAUGCAGAUGCUCGGUCGAGCUGGUCGGCCACAAUUCGACGACAAUGCUGUUGCAGUCAUCAUCACGAAGAACGAAAAGGUCAGGCGCUACGAGUUGAUGGUCUCGGGAAAGGAGAUAUUAGAGAGCCGCCUACAUCUUAAUUUGGUUGAGCAUUUGAAUGCUGAGAUAGGUCUCGGUACGAUAUGUGACUUGAACUCGGCAAAGAAAUGGCUCAAGAGCACUUUCCUCUAUGUGCGCUUGCAGGAAAAUCCAACCCACUACGAGAUUGAGGGAGAUAUUCCCGGAACUAGCGAGUUCCGUGAACUAAGAUUCCGGCAAAAUGAGAAGCGAUUCUACAAGACGCUAAACUCAUCGCCUGCGAUUAAGUUCCCAAUUCCUGUCAACCUGGAUCAAACCCCGCAAAAGAUCUCGCUCAUCAUCCAAGCUGUUCUUGGGGGCGCGGACUUGCCAAAUGACGAAGAUUUGGCCCGCCAGCGCACUCAGUACAAUCAGGAGCUCAACCUUGUGUUUCAGCAUACUCGUCGUUUGAUCCGAUGCGUUGUCGACUGUGCCAUACACAAAGAGGAUUCGGUGAUGGUUCGGAAUGCGUUGAUCCUCUCGAGGAGCAUGUAUUCGAGAGUCUGGGACGACUCGCCCUUGACAAUGAAACAGGUCGAAUCCGUUGGCCCGGUCGGCGUUCGAAAGCUUGUGAAUGCCGGAGUCAGGAGCAUUGAAGAUCUUGAACUCGUUGAUGCUCAACGUCUCGAAACCAUUAUGGGAAAGCAUCCGCCGUAUGGAAAUUCUUUGCUUGCAAAGGUCAAAGAGUUCCCGAAGCUCCGCGUGUCUUUGAGGCAAAUGAAGGGUGUGGAAAGGAGAUCGGCGCAGACUGUGACCGUCAAUUUCAAGGCCGAAAUCGGUUUCAUCAAUGAGAAGCCACCAUUGACACUGGGACCAAAGCUUGGAAAGGGCCAGGAUGUCCUAUUCUGUGCUGAGUUGACCAGCAUGAACCAGGUUGUUACCUGUUAUGUGAUGUGUGAUGAUGUUGUUCAACAAUCACAACCAUCUCGCAGCUCCAACAAUGACGAGUUUGGAGACGGCGGUAUCGAUGAUUCGGAUCUAGAGGAAGCAUGUAACACCGAUGAAUUCGUUGACAUUGAUAAGCUGCCGGUGCCUGACUCCAUGAACUCUACCAUUGGAUUCCGUCCCUCCCUAAAGACAACCAUGAAAAACACCACAGGAACAGGUCGUACGGAACAAGUGGUGGAUGGACGGACGGAAGCACGCGGUAACCCGGCGCCCAAGAAAUUAGACAACGGCAAAUGGGCGUGCAAUCACAAGUGCAAGAACAAGCAGCAAUGCAAGCAUAUUUGCUGCAAGGAAGGAUUGGACAAGGCGCCCAAGCCAGCGAAGGCUGUUGGUCCUGAGGCCGGCAACAGUACGCAACGGGGAAAGAAGUGUCCUAAUAAUAAACAGCUCAUUACGGGUGGGAAGACGCAGACUAAGCUCAACCCAAUCAAACGCGGCCCAAACAUGGACUCUGGAACACCGCGGAACGUCGAACGCUUGGAUCUCACAGGACCAGAGAGCCAGCCGGUGCCCCAAGCACACCAGGGUUACGAGAAACUUCGGGCCGAGAAGAAGCGCGCCCUGUCUGAAACUACCCCUGUUUCAAUGGACAUCUCCAAUAAGAGGCCCAGGCAUUCCUACAGAAGUGGUGAGCCAUUGCGUCUAUCAUUCCUCCAGAAGGAGAAAGAGGAAGAAACAAACCGACCUAUUACAAGCGAGAACAACUAUAUCGAACCGAUUGAGAACCCGGAACCAUCGACUCAGGCACACGAGACCAAUAGCGACAUGUCUUACUACCAGCAAGAUGAUGAGUACAUGUUUCACGGCGAUGGAGACUUGUUCGCGGAUAUAAUGGCUGGUGUUGCCUUCCUGGAGCAAAACCCCGACCAACGCGCCGCGGAAAGGAAAAAAGAGCAGGCCCGAGAACAACAAAAGAUGGCGAAGCCAGUCAAUCCUCAGAGGCUGGCACCUCAGAGAGAAGCAGCUCCAUGCCUCAAGCCGAGCAGGUCGUGGUCUCCUGAGCAUCCGUCGGGCGGCCUCAGGCCAGCACUCCAGGAGAGAUCCUAUACAAGCACACAACCACCACGCAGUGCUGGUGGAUCCACGAGCUCUAUUGGCUCCAUUGGCUCCAUUGGCUCCAGCCGAAUCGCAAGGAAGCCUCUUAGAGGACUGGACACAUCGUCUGUCCGGUCGCAAUCGACAACCUCAUCCAGACUCCGCUGCACAAACCCGGAUCCGGAUCCCCUUUCCCCUGAGGAACCUUCGCCUCCUGUCAUUCCUCCUGGACUCGAGGACGUCGAUCCGUGGCUCAUCCAGGAAUAUGCGGCCUACGUCAAGUUCACUUGA